AUAGGAGCAACAGCAAUAGCUGUAGUAAGAGCAGUAACAGCAGCAGUAGCAGCAUCCUGGUCCACCUCCUCACUGAGGACUGUUACUACUAAAGCCUUCACUGCUAUGACAAUGAUGAUGCCAACAUCAAUAGAGAACAACCCUCAGCUAGGAGAAUAAUGUCAGCUUCAAAUAUUACUUGAUUAAAAAAGAAAAACAAAAACAUAAGAUUAAAAAACCAACAGAAAAAGAAGUGAAUUUGAGCUGAAAAUAAUAAUAAUAAUAACAAUAAUAUUAAAUACAUAAAUAAUAAUAUAUAUGUGUGUGUAUAUAUAUAUAUUAUAUGAAAUAUAAUAAUAAUUUAAAUAAUAAUAAAUAAAAAUAAUAAUAAUAACAAAAGGAACCAUCCAGUUGCUGUGACUGAGCUGCAGUCUUGGUCACAUAGGAAUAUUUUCUUCAGCAUCAACCAAGGAACAUCCUCCUGCUCUACAGUAAAGGAUCUUUACAUUGCCACCAACCUGAGAAAUCAUCAAUAGACAUUAUGUUGCUUUUGAUUUUUAACUAGCAACAGUAUAUAAAAGGGAAAAAGAAUACAGAGAAGGUUCCACGGUCUGUGUAUAAAAUUAUAUAUAUAGAUAGAUAUAUAUAUAUAAGUUUAUAUACAUAAAUAUAUUUAUUAUAAAAAAAAGAGAAUUAUUUGAUAAGCAGCGUUUGGUUCAUAUUAUUUCUACAUUCUAGUGUAUUUUACACAUAACUACAGACAGAAAUGGGGAAGGCUACACAUAUUGAACACCAUCCUCUUGCUCCGCAGUCACUUUCUACCAGUGCUAUUUUUGGAGUUUGCUUUGGUGUCAUGGUAAUGUUUGGUACAGCUACAGCCAUUGCUUAUAAAUGCUACAAAAGACAGCUGGCCAAAAAUGCACAGAAUCGACUCUCUUCAGCCAUUAAGAAGGGACUGAAAGAGAGCAAUAAUGGAAACUUGAAAAAGACGUCCUCAGCUCGAAAAGUUAUCAUGAAAUCUAAAGCAACAAGCCCAACCUAUCCUUCCUCGGGUGAGCACAUUGGUGGAAGUCUUGCCGAGAGGGGCCAAAGCAGUGGUAGUGGGACAAGUGGUGGAGGGGGAGGCCCUCUUCCAUCACAAUUUGACCCAGGCCAUGUGAAAGCCGAGUAUAGUAUCGAAAAUGAAAAAGAUGGUGCAACACCUGAGAAGGAUGAGUGUAUGCGAGAGAAACACGAAGAUGACUUGAAAACACAGCAUCUUGGAACACUUCAUUUCUCAACUGAAUAUGAUUCUCAGAAAAAUGCUCUGCUGGUGACAAUCUUGCAAGCCUCAGAGCUUCCACCAAGAGAUCCAAGCAUAGGAGGAUGUGAUCCAUACAUCAAACUGCAACUGCUUCCAGAGAAAAAGCACAAAUGCAAGACUCGGGUUCUCAGGAAGACACUGAAUCCGGUUUAUGAUGAAACAUUUACAUUCUAUGGUAUUAGCUAUAACCAACUAGCUGGUAUUACCCUUCACUUUGUUGUCCUCAGCUUUGACAGGUUCUCACGAGAUGAAAUCAUUGGAGAAGUUGUUUACCCUCUGUCUUCUGUGGAUUUGUCACAGAAAGAAGUCUCUUUGUGCAAGGACAUCACACCAAGACAUCUCAAGGUAAGUCCAUCAAGUGGAGAUUAUUGGGGACGAACUGACAAGGAAUUAGAAGGGAUGUCUGAGAAAAGCAAGUAUCUCUAUGAGGCCUUUGGUUGCAAAGAAGACUUUGAAUACGAAAACGAGAAAUAUGAUGGGGCUUUUGAGAAAUUUCAGAAUUCACCAGCUGCAAAACUUCCUUACCUUGGAAACAUAGACUUUUCGAUUGAGCAUGAUUCAAAGAAAAAUGCUCUUCAUGUGACCAUUUUAAAAGCAUCAGACCUCAAUCCAUCAGUACCAGGAAUUGCUGUGUGUGACCCUUACAUCAAACUCCAGCUUCUGCCUGAGAAGAAAUACAAGCGUAAAACCAGAAUUCUCAGAAAGACAUUGAACCCAGUCUACGAUGAAACUUUCACCUUUUAUGGAGUUGACUAUAACCAGCUUGAAGAUAUUAUCCUUCACUUUGUGGUUCUCAGCUUUGACAAGUUUUCAAGAGAUGAAAUUAUUGGAGAAGUUAUUUACCCACUAUCUAAUGUGGAUUUGUCCCAGAAAGAGAUCUCUUUAUGCAAGGACAUCACAGCGAGACAUCUUAAGUUUCGUACCCAAGGCCGAGGAGAACUCCUUGUUUCGCUUUCUUACCAACCAGCAGCCAACAGACUCACAGUUGUUGUACUUAAAGCAAGAAAUCUCCCCAAAAUGGAUGUUACUGGCCUCUCUGAUCCCUAUGUGAAGAUCUACCUAUUGUAUAAUGGCCAGAGGAUUGCGAAAAAGAAAACUCAUGUGAAGAAACGAACGCUGAAUCCUGUGUUCAACGAAUCCUUCCUCUUUGAUGUGCCAUACAAUGAGGGGCUGCAUAGCAUCAGUCUUGAGUUUUUGCUGCUGGAUUUCGAUCGCAUGACCAAAAAUGAAGUAAUUGGAAGACUGGAAAUUGGAUCUCGAACUACUGGUCAAGAACUUCAUCACUGGAACGAGGUCCUCAACUGCCCACGAAAGCAAACUGCUGAGUGGCACAAACUGAAGGAAUAAUUCUGCAUGACCCCACCCAACAAAAAAAAAAAAUUGAAAUGCAGGAAUGAAAACAUUGCAAAUGAACAAAACAGAGAAA